GCAGGUUCCUAGUGGUGGAAGAAGAAGUCGAAGACGGCAUUCAUUUCGACCGGUCAGAUUGGCAUCUCCACCUUUAUUUUUGCGAACCAUCAGGUGCAGGCCUAAAACGCAGCCACAGCCAUGACGGCGACAGCGGCUGAACCGACCGGUGCGGACACCGAUCCAGAUGACACACGUCCAGAGGAGACGGAAAACGACAGCUCCAGGCGACGCAAGCAGCUGCUGCGUACUAUACUUCCCGUGUGUUCUUGCGGCCUCGUUACGGGCAUCGUCCUUGGCGCCGGCAUCUUUGCUCUCAUCAUCCACUUGAGGACCUCGGGGACAGACGACGACGACACCAGGACCAUUUCACCUGGCUUCUCCAUUGUCCCACUGACUGACGUGUGCUUCAGCCAGGGAUGCGAGAGGAGCGCGCGCCUCUUGCGCGCCCUCCUCAACCCUUACGUGGAACCAUGCAGGGACUUCUUUGAAUACGUCUGCGGUCGGUUCGAGUCUUCGUAUGGCACCUUGACGAAGGAGACGGAGGCAUCCCUGAGGACGGUCGCCAUUGCUCAGAUGAUCAAAGUACCAGUCCCGGCAACUGGGCAAACCGCGACUGAGAAAGCAGCUGGUCAUCUCCUCGCCUGUGCGGGGAUGCAAAACCGAGCUGGUAGCAAUGACAACCAGGUGCUAAAGGACUUCAUUCAGAAAGAAGGCCUUGCCCUCGAUACCAACGACAACACCGAUGCCAUGGGCCGUAUUUUCAAACUUUCCCUGCUCUAUGGUGUAGACAUGCUCUUCACAGCGAGCGUGGAAAUGCCCCUCUGGACAGCUGUGGAUAAAAGGGCUAUCGUCAUCGCCUUCAACUCUGAACUCGCCCAGUGGUUGUCGUCCCCUCGGACUCCCACCGACUACACGGCCCGGUUGGCACAAUUUGUGACAAAUUCAGGUCACUUGCCGGAUUUGUUUAAGGAUAUUAUAGCUUUCGAAAAGAAAGCAGCUAGUUAUAUAACCCAACUACAGGGCACAGACGUCGUACAACCAAUGGCGAUACGAGACUUUGGAAACAAAGGGAGGAGCAUAACAUCAAACGAGUGGCUCGCUAUAGUGACCGCUUCCGCCGGACCCCGCUACACCGAAAACGACCGGCUAUGGGUCAACGAACCGACCCUCGACUACACAAGCACGAUGAAAAAGGAGUUUGACAACGCCAAGCUGAACUUCCUGCUUACCUGGCACGUCAUACGGCAGCUGAUCACGUACAGCGAUCCUCAAUUUGGUUCUACCGACAGCCAGUAUGUGGUGUCUUGCAUACGUCUUGUUCACAGCGCCAUGGAAAGUACGUACGCUGCGGCAUUUUUCUCGCUGCUCCUGACCCCAGAUAUUGAAGAAGUGGCCAACAACAUUACUUUGGACGUCCGAGACGAACUUGUGCUCCAAGCGAAGGCGUCAAAAAACCUCCCGCAGAGAGACGCGUCAGUGAAAAAGCUCACCGACAUGCAAUUCAUCGUUGGGCUUCCAAACGGUUUCCGCAACAGAGCGAAUUUCGACCGAUUUUGGGCGGCAGCGCCGGACGCCAGCGUCCAUUUCUUGAGCGCAUGGCUGCCGACAUAUCGAUAUUACGUAACGCAGCUCUUGGCUCAGCCGCAUAUAGCCGUGUUCCCGAUGUUCGCGCUGCGAACCUAUUACGACGCAACGAAUGGGAGAGUAUUUGUACCGCCUUCGCUUUUAACUUCCACGUACCUGAACAUCAGCACUGCGCCGGUGCUCAAUUACGCCGGCUUGGGACACGCCGCGGGCUGCGCGGCAGCGCAGGCCAUCGAGGCGACGGCCACUGGACAGUGUCCUCCGGAAGGAGCCGCAGAAGUGGAGGGGUUGCGGGCCGCGUACUCUGUCUACACGCGGAGGUACGGAUCUAAGAGCGUGAAGAGGCUCCCGCUCCUGAGUAUACAUCCGAAGAGGUUGUUCUUCGCGGCGGCUUGCCUCAAGAUGUGCCACGUUCGGAAGUUCCCUGGUGGACACGGAGCGGGAUCUUGCAACAACCUCGUGGCGAGCGUUGAUGGCUUUCAGGACAGUUUCACGUGCCCUGCGGGAUCGCCGAUGAAUCCUGCGCAGAAGUGCGCUGCCUGGUAACCCGACCAGAUAUCAUAACCGUUGCAGAUGUGCUGUUGCGGACCAUACGUCAUUUCAUAUUUUAUUUCAAUAUAUUUCUUACAGUUAACACGGACAAAGUCGUGCUUGAAACAUGUAUAGCUCGGGGGGUGGUAUUGUGUGGACACAACGGGACGGGACACAACCACCAAGGAGGAAGAUAUUCCCUCUGCAUAAAACUGUGCAUUAAAAAUCUAGCACCAACAGCAACAAAAGUGCUCGUCAUAAAACUUGUCCAUUACCUAACGCUAUGCGGCCAACUGGCACAACGAGCAAUACAGUGAUACGCUCUUUCCCAUCAACCUUUCCUGAAAGAUUGAGCUACCGCGCCUUUGGCCACGCGCUAUAGACGGAAUGGAAGGGGGUUAAACACGCGUGCAUUAUGUACACAUUACGGCAUUUGUUGACAUAGAAAGAGCCAGUACUGUACAUG